UGGUAAAUGAAACAAAGAAAAAGAAAAUAUAAAAGAGGGACAGAGUGAAAGUAGGAAAACAAAAUGGCUAGUAAAGAGAGUCUUAUUAUUAACAACACCAAAAGUUGAAGGCUUUGGACUCUCUUUUUAAUUUGAUCUCUCAUGCAGAAGCAAAGCGUGCGUCUUUAUAACGUACUCAUCUAUGGCCAACGCUUUCUUCUUUUUAGCACUCAAACUGCUCGGAUCAACGAAACCUUUAUAAAACCACUGGAAGCUGAGACUUGCAUAUCGUUGAUUAAGCAAUGCAAGACUCUCAAGCCCCUCAAGUCUGUUCAUGCCUCCAUGCUCAGAACCCAUCUUCAUCUCAAUCUUUUCUUCUCCACCAACCUCAUUGCCCACUAUGCUUCUUUGGGCUCCAUUUCUUAUGCUUAUACCCUCUUCUCUGCCUCCUCUUCCUUAGAUGUUUUUCUUUGGAAUGUAAUGAUCCGAGGCUUCGUUGACCAUGGGUUAUAUGACCGUGCCAUUUUUAUGUACCGGCAAAUGCUAGAACUAGGCAUUGCUCCUGACAAUUUUACGUUCCCUUUUGUUAUUAAGGCAUGUGGGUGUGCACGUGAUUUCGAGUCUGGGGUUGAGCUUUAUCGGCAUGUAGUUGAAAAUGGGUAUGUAAAGGAUGUCUUUGUUGGGAAUUCCCUUAUUGCCAUGUAUGGGAAAUUUGGUCGAACUGAGGUUGCAGAACGAGUGUUCGGGGAAAUGCCUGAGAAGAAUGUAGUUUCUUGGAGUUCAAUGAUUGGUUCACAUGUCCAAAACCGGUGUUUCGAGGAAGGAUUGUCUUUGUUUGCAAGGAUGUUGGAUGAGGGUAUCAGACCAAACAGAGCUGCUGUGUUGAAUGCGAUGGCAUGUGUAUGUAGAGAAAAUGAUGCUGAUGAGAUGUACAGAGUUGUGAGAGAUAAUAAACUUGAUUUGGAUAGGUCCGUUCAAAAUGCUGCAAUACAGAUGUAUGCACGAUGUGGAAGAAUUGACGUUGCUCGAGGAUUUUUUGAUAGAAUCGGUAAUAAGGAUUUGGUGUCUUGGUCAUCCAUGAUUGAAGCUUACAUACAAACUGAUUUGCCUCUUGCAGCCUUGGAGCUCUUUAAACAGAUGAAAGUACGAAGAAUUAACCCUGAUGCUGUGACCCUUUUGAGCGUGGUACAUGCAUGUUCAAGUCUAGCUUCUUUUCAGCAAGCACGCUUCGUUCAUGGACUUGUUGUACGUAGCUUUUUAAGAAACCAACUUGAACUUCAAACUGCUGUAGUUAAUCUCUAUGUGAAAUGUGGAAGUUUAGUAUAUGCUCAAAAAGUUUUUGAUAAGAUGCAGGAAAGAAAUAUAAUUUCAUGGAGUACUAUGAUUUCAGGUUAUGGGAUGCAUGGUCAUGCUAGAGAGGCACUCAAACUCUUCGAUCAAAUGAAGGCUCUAAUGAAACCAGACCAUGUUACGUUUCUAUCGGUGUUGUCAGCCUGCAGUCAUGGUGGGUUAGUCACUGAAGGAUGGGAGUGCUUCAAUUCCAUGAGUAGGGAUUUUAAGGUUGUACCAAGACCUGAACAUUAUGCAUGCAUGGUUGAUCUCUUGGGUCGAGCUGGGCAAUUAAACAAUGCCCUUGAUUUUAUAGAGACUAUGCCUAUAAAGCCAGAUUCUGGUGUGUGGGGUGCACUUCUUGGGGCAUGUAGAGUUCAUUCAAAUAUUGAACUGGCUGAAGUUGCUUCAAAACAUUUGUUUGAGUUGGAUGCAGAGAACCCAGGCCGCUAUGUUCUCAUGUCCAAUAUUUAUGCAUCAUCCGGGAAACAAACACAUGCUGAUAAUAUUAGAGAUCUAAUGAAACAAAGGGGGGUAAAGAAAACUGCUGGUCACACAAUUAUAGAGAUUAAGAAUAAAAUUUAUACAUUUGUGGCAGGGGAUACAUCACACAAUCAAUCCGGUUUAAUCUAUUCUGAGUUGGAGAAACUGAUGAAUAGGAUUCGAUUAGAAGGGUACAAGCCAGAUUUGAACUUUGUGUUGCAUAACGUGGAGGAGGAGAUGAAAGAGAAGAUGUUAUAUGUACACAGUGAGAAACUUGCCAUUGUUUUUGGACUUUUGAAUUUAGGACCUGAAACCAUCAUUAGGAUUAGGAAGAACCUUAGAGUCUGCGGUGAUUGUCAUACAGCUACCAAGUUUAUCUCUAAAGUUACAGGAAGAGAAAUUAUUAUGAGAGAUUCUCAUCGUUUCCACCAUUUUAAGUUUGGAACAUGCUCUUGUGGAGAUUAUUGGUGAUCAUUGUGGAUUUCUUCAGACGGCUUCAUGACCAGGAAAAGUAUCAAUACUAGUAGCAGAGAAAUAUCACUAACUACCAAGGCAUGGAGGUAAAGUGAAUCAAAUUUGGAAUCCUUUAAUGCACUAUGGUAUGGGUGAUGAGCUUCUCUUCUCUUGUAAUAUUAUCAUCACCUUUCUAUUCACUUGGAUCUGUUGCAUGAAUGUCUUAUUGUCAUUCUGACAGAAAUUACCAGCCUAAGAAAUUAUUAUGUUUUAAGAAUUUGCAAGGGAAAUUUCCACACCUUUGAAGGAUUUGUCUGGGAAACUAUAUAUUUAUUUGUGGAAACUAUUAUAAAAGAAUUUUUUUUUUUUUUU